AUGACUGCUAACAGGAGGAGGAGGAAUAGUGGUGCUGAUGACAUUGCGGAGGGUAUUCAUCGGAUGGUGGAUGCGAUGCAAACACCGGUGGCAGCGCAUCCUAGGACGACCAGUGCACAUGUCAGGGUGCCAACUGUGGAGGACUUCUUGCGCCACAAACCAGCGGAGUUCAAUGGCAAGGUCUCUCCGGAUGAAGUGGAUGCUUGGCUCUGCAAGUGUGAGAAGAUUUUUAAAGUGAUGAAUUGCCCUGAUGAGCAGAAGCUACUUUUCGCCACUUAUCUGCUGAACGACGACGCGAAGUAUUGGUGGAUGGGAAUGCAACAACAGAUGCAAACCCGAGAUGAACAGGUGGAGUGGACUAGCUUCAGGACGUGGUUCCUGGAGAAAUAUUUCCCCGACAUAACCAGACAGGACCGGGAGGCAGAGUUUGAGCAUCUGGCGAGAUAUUACUCGCAGAACAUUACUGAAGAAUGGAGAUGUCAGAAGUUUGAGCGAGGACUCAAACAUGAGCUUAAGAAGGUGGUGACUCCCUUACGAGAGAGGAGAUUUCCCGUCUUGGUGGAACAGGCCAAGAGUGCCGAGCAUCUGGAGAAGGGCCCUGGGCCAAUUGUGAGUAGACAUCAGAGGAAUGUUGCAGAGGCGCGGCAAAUGAAGAAGCCGUACAGCCGACCACAGACGUCUCAGGGUCCCACUUUCUAUCAGUGUGGCAGACCCCAUUUGAAGAGAAAUUGCCCACAACUGACUGGUGGUGUAGGGGGAUCCGGUGACCGUCGCAAGUGCUUCAUAUGUGACAAACUGGGUCAUUUUGCAAACAAUUGCCCUGAGAAGAAGAGUCCUGGUGCGAAGAAACCAGUAGCAGCCUCGCCAGCAGAACGAGCUAGGGCGGCUGGGAGGGUUUUUUCUAUGACAUCUACUGAGGCUACUUAG